UCAGCGCGUCAGCUGGCCGAAUGUUUACAUCCAGCAGCAGCGGUGUGUUUGUGAGCGGAACCCCAACAACAAAAGACCGAACCGAAGCAGAACCCAGCGGGACCCCGACUCUCCGGCGGGUGUUACAGCAGUCAGGAUGGGUGGAGCUGUGAGUGCCGGUGAGGACAAUGAUGACUUGAUUGACAACCUGAAGGAGGCUUAUUACAUCCGCUCAGAUCUGGUGGAGCGAGCAUUUAGAGCCAUCGACCGGGCCGACUACUACCUGGACGAAUACCGGGACAAUGCCUACAAGGACUUGGCAUGGCGACAUGGAAACAUCCACCUUUCUGCUCCGUGUAUCUACUCUGAGGUGAUGGAGGCUCUGGAUCUCCAUCCUGGACUCUCCUUCCUCAACCUGGGCAGUGGGACCGGAUAUCUCAGCACCAUGGUCGGCCUCAUACUGGGACCAUUUGGAGUGAAUCAUGGGAUUGAGUUGCAUGCAGAUGUGAUUGAGUACGCCUACCAGAAGCUCGACUCCUUCAUCAAAACCAGCGACAGCUUCGACAAGUUUGAGUUCUGUGAGCCGUCCUUCGUGGCCGGUAACUGCCUGGAGAUCCCUCCGGAGAGCCGACAGUACGACAGAGUUUACUGUGGAGCCGGAGUGCAGAAGGAACAUGAAGAUUAUAUGAAGAACCUGCUGAAGGUGGGAGGCAUCCUGGUGAUGCCUCUGGAGGAAAAGCUGACCAAGAUCACCCGUACAGGAUCCAACAGCUGGGAGACCAAGAAGAUCAUCUCGGUGUCCUUCGCCCCUCUGGUGCUGCCCAAACACAACACCAAUGGAAAACCCAAGACUGUCCCACUACCCAAGUACGAGGUCCGGACGUUACAGGAACUGGCUCGUAUCUGCAUCCGCCACACCCUCAGAGUGACCACGGACGGAGGCGACAGCCAAUCCCGCGGCCGAGGCUCCUCCUUCAGCGUGGGCCGCGGCCUGGCGGUGGCCGGGCUCCACAAGUACGGGCCUCGCUUCAAACGCCGGCGGGUCCACCGACGCCACUGCAACGCCCUCGUCCUCGCCACCCGCCAGGUGGUGGCCAGCAGCGGCAUCGGCCCCGCAUCGCUGGACAGCAACAACAACCAGGACGAGGAGGAGGCGGGCGAGAGGGAGGCGAGGCGGCCGGUGAGAGGCAGCAGGAGGUCGGGACGAAGCGGUGGCGGCAGCGUGGUGGAGGAGGAGGAGGCGGUGGAGGAGGAGGACGAAGAGGAGGAGCAGGAGGAAGAGGAGGAGAAGGAAACCGGCGAGCUGCUGCGACCACAGCCGGCCGUCAACCUCCUGAGGGAGCGAAUCCUCGGCCUGCCGCUGCCAGAACCGCUCAAGAUGUACCUGCUGUACUACCGCGAGAAGUGAGGCGGCCGGAGCCACAGCUGGAACCCUGCAGGGGCCGAAGCCUCCUAAACCCCCGACGGCACCUGUACAAGGCAGGACAACUCACCUGACCGACCCCCAGCUCCAUCACGGCUCUCCUUCUCUCUGUCACCUGCCCUCAUCCUCUCCAUCAUCCAUCCUCUGUCCUGCUCCCCUUAUCGCUCUGAUCUGUAAAGAGUCCGUCUGUCCAGUGGAGGGGGGAGGGAGGGUGACGCUACCAAACUUAGCGCCUCCUUUUGAGGCGCACACAAACAGAAAUCAGUACGUAAAACAUGUUUAUGAAUUGGCCCUGCAGCUCUGUAUUAACUAAUAAUGCCUAACAACAGCUUUACGGUGCAACUUUAGUGGUGCUGACAGACGUUCUCAUCAAACACUGUAGCAACGAGCGGAGAGCAGACGGCACUUUUCUGUCCAGAGUAGGCUGAAGCUGUGGGAGCUGCUUUGUCCUCAUGAGCUGGUGUGAUUUAACAUCUAACGGGGACACGGUGUUGUUUAUACGAAGGAGGAGCUCUGUAAGAAGAAGUCCUUCAUCCAUGUUGUGACUACAGCUAGUCGUGACCAAGCUGGCAGGUGGUGAUUAUUUCCACUGAUUUCCAAAUAAAACGGGAGCGUCGCCUUGAGCCCCGAGUUCAUUAGAUUAUUUAACUUAUAGGAUGAAGUUUAUUUCAACCUGCCGUACUUCUCAUUAAUGUGAGCACAUUAAUGAGGAACCACGUCAGGUUGGAAUACACCAGAAUUAGCCUUUAAAAUAUCCAAUGCCAAGGGUUGGUCGUCAUUUCAAGCAUUUUUUUAGGAGUUGAUCUAAUAGGAAGGUUGAGUUUUUCCCUUUUUCUAUGCAUAAUGUUUCAUCGUGUGAGUCUACCGACUUAGAUCCUUACAUGCAUAUCCAAAGGGCAGCCUCACUGUUUUUCUCUACAUCCCAUAAUAUUCUCUUAACCACAAGAGAAUGACCAUAAAAAAACAACUUACUAAUAUUCCAUUUUACGUGAUUAAACCAGCAUGAUAACAACACAGAAGUAACAUUUUUGAUGAUUGACUGCGUGCAAGUUUUUCUCUCACUGUGCUUUUUUUCUUGUAACGUCUUUUUUCUUUUUUUUACUUUUAUGCAACUUGAAGUGGCGUCUACAUAGGAAACGUGUCGUACAUUUUGUUUUGUGAAUCCUAAAAAAAAAGAAACAUGAAGAUACCAUAAAUCUAAACAGAGGUAUCUUUUCUCACAGUUCUUUUGUGUAGUUAGAUGGGGCAUUACUUCUUUGCUUUUUUUUUGUUUUUCCUGCCUCCUUCUGUGCCAAACUUAAGUUGCAUGGACUCAAUUCUGGAGAGGAAACAGCAGAUCAACAGCAAGUCACUCAUCUAAUGAAAAUUACAUUUCUAAAGUAGUCUCUUUUCAUCAUGUAAAGCCUUAGAUUUCUCCCAUUUGAAGGUUUGUAUAUGAAGAAUGUUGAAUCGAGGUAUUACACGAAUUAUGAUCACAGUAAAAGGAGGAACUGGAAUAUGUAGUUUAUAUUGGUAAAAAAAAUCCAGCUGUGAUGCAAAACGUCAGAGUUGGGCUCUUUUCUGGUGCUGGAUCUGCCUUUGGGUGCUGUACGUGGACCAUUCCUUUACUCAACAUCAUUCACGUUUGGCUGCUGUGCUCCUCUGCUGAAUGUAUCUGAUCAUUUUUUGUUGACUUUUGGUGAGAGUGACUUGCUUGUUUUUAAAGUUGAGCUGUAUUAUUGACUGCUGACAAUAAAGUCCAUAAUGAGAACGAAAAA